GUAGGUAUGUGUGCAAAUGUGACUGAUAGAUAAAUACAACAUUUGAAUCUUAUUUAUUUGCAAAUAUUAUUUAAAUUGCCCCACACAUCUACAUGAGCAUGCUGGGAUUUGUUUACUUGGUUCUAAUAUUGGGUUGGAUAUUGAUUGUUUUAUUUUUAAAGUGUAAAAAAUCGAUUACUCCCCAUAUUGGGUUAACUGAUAAUUACACAGAUGCCAUUGGAUCGGAUCAACGUCGACCCUCUGUUCAUGUGAUUCAACUACAACGGGAGGAUUUAGAAAACGAGCAUCAAUUAAUUGAUGCCUAUCACGAACGAAGCAAUAGUUUAAGGCGCCAUUCUCAGCGCCAGCCUUUAUCAGCUAUUGGGGAACGUAAUAUUGAAACAACAUAUCCUACAGAAGCUAUUGUUAAUCCAGCCUAUACACACGACGAAGAAUACAUUAUCAACGCUCCUCCUCCAUCAUAUGAUGAAGUCAUGAGGCAACCGGAGAUCUAUCCGAAGGUCAGUAAUAAAAUCACCGAAGCGAACAUUUGAUCCCAAAUGGCAAUUGGAUUUGUUUAUAUUUUUAUA